AGCUGGGUGUCCGAGCGGCGGGGGCAAUGGGGCUGUCACCAGAUGCCGAGAAUGACCCUCCACAGAAGCAGUUGCAACUUGUAGUGGAAGUGCCAAAGCAUGCACGACCUGGAGUUACAAAGCUGGCGGUAGAUGUGGAUGAAGGGUCUGAACUUCAUGUGUUGGUUCCUGCUGAAGCCGUUGCCGGGGAUCGCCUCCGGCUCACAAAGAUGCCCGAUGGCCCUUGGACCUGCGUCGUGCUGAGGAGCCAGCCUCUUUACGACGUGGCGAAUCGGAUUCUCCAGUCGCCAGGUGACCAGUGCAAGUUGCAGCUGUUGGUGCCCGCGAAUGUGAAGCCUGGCGAGACCAAGCUGCAGGUCACCAUCUCGGCAGACGAGCAGGUGCAGUUGGCAGUUCCCAACUACGCCAGCCCUGGGGACCUGAUUGAGCUCCACAGAGCGGACGGGGAGCCCUGGCUGGCGAAAUUUACGCGCGACCGGUACACGACGUCGCAGGACCCGCAGAAGGGGCUUGCGGUGAUGGCAGAGCUGGGGAAGACUUCCAGUGAAGCCGGCGUUGACGCUGACGCACUGGUCGACCGCCUGUUUACGGUGGCGAAGGAGGCUGGCUGCUUUGUCAGCCCAAAGAUAAAGAGAGGCUGUGCGCCUCCCUUGAACAUCCCCGGGUUGGUGGCUGUGGAGGCCAUCGAGGAAGGGGAGGAGCUAAUCCGCGUGCCCAGCAGAUUUCACCUCACGCCCCCCACCGUGGAGACCUCUGCGCCAGCGCUGGCGGCAGCAGUGCAAGCGUGCUCAAUGCCCGCCCAGCGCCGUGGCGAGGCCUUGCACGCCUUUUUCCUGGCCCGGCUGCUGGCGGAUGCCCAGGAGCGUGUGGUGAAUGCAGCUGGACGGAGCGUCCUCGAUGGCAAGUGGUCGGCAACUGCGGACCAGAAGAAGGUGUGGGAGGCCUAUGCUGAUGCCCUUCUUGCCGAGGAUUUCUCUUAUCAUCCAUUCCGCCUGGCAGCUUGCAAGCCGGAAGAGAUGCGGGAGAACCUGAGCCCGUCACAAGAGGCUGAGUACUUCAUUGACAUGGCAGCCGACUUAAUGUCCCUGCACGAGACAAUGCAAAGGUGCGAGGCGGAUGCGUAUGCGGAGGAUGCGGAGGCAUUACCACCCCUGGAGGCAGAGAUGUUUCUGCGCGCUCGUAUGUGUGCGCAAACUCGUGUCUUCCAGACCUGCGUUGACACCACGCUGGUGCCGGUGGCAGAUUUGCUGAACCACUCGCCCACUCUGACCCCUGGCGUGUUGUGGGGCUGGGAUGCGGAGGCGCAAGCCAUGAUCAUCACCGCUGUGCGCGCACACAGCCCGGGUGAGGAGCUCCUGACCACAUAUGGCGCCAGGUCCAACAUGCUGGUCUAUAGAACCUACGGUUUCACCCUGCACCCAAAGAACGAGCCGAGCUUCACGUACAUCAUUCGACCGCACUUGGUCAGACCGGUACUGAAGAUCUUCAUGGACAACGAGGAAGCCAGGCCCCUCAUGUUGCUGGAGACCUCGCAUAUCGACGACUCCCUGUGCCAAAUCCUGAACCAAGUGACCAAGAAGGGGCGCGAUGCCACUGAGUUUCUCCGGCUCCUUUGCGCGCGGAGCCGCUGGGCAUACGACCAGGACGAGAGGAUCAGGCCCUGCCUGCGCGCCCUCGCGAAGGCGCGGGAAGAGCAGCCGGGCAGCCACGACUGGUGGUCGCACAUGGAGGAGGAGCACAAGGAUCUGGUGAACCAGGAUGUCGUCCGGGUCAUCAUGAGCGAGUACUUGUGCCUCACGGCUCAUUUGGAGGCUGUUGAUUAUGCCGACGAGCACCGCGCAGAUUCUGAAUGCCUUUCCGGCUGCCAGGCGUGGCGGAAGAGCCUGGCCAAGGCUUUGGGGCUGCUCAAGACCGCUGGGGGCUUCAGCCUCUCCACCGCCAAGGCGGAGAGCCCGAAGUAGUCCGCGAGUUGCCGAGUCUGGCGACACGCCGUUUUGCAUGCUCAGGCCGCUUGAAGGCCUGAGCAAAUCCUUGAAUACCACGUGUGAGAAGAGCCGGAAGGUGGAGCCACGAGGCCAUGGAGC